GUGUCGAUCUAAAAGCUGAAAUUAAUCUAUUUUGAUUAAUUGUUUUUAAUCUUUUUUCUUCCUUCUCUCCUCUAUCGAGACUUCAUCUCUUUGGCUAAAAAAAUUCGAGACUUCAUCUCUUCAUCUUCUCUCUUCUCUUCUAAUCUGAUUCUUUUCAUCUCCAUCAAUGAAAAACAAAGAUAUCAAUCACCGAUGAUCUGCGAAAAUGGUACUGUGAUAACUAAAAGUUGGUGGUGUGACGAGUUAGUGGUUGGCGAGAGAGCAAGACGACGGAGACAUGGCUGAGGGCAUGACUGGUCGCUACAUCUCUGGCCAACGUCUUGGUGGUCACAGAGAGAGUAUGACCAGUCUUGCCCUGUUAUGGAGUUGUUGACAAGUUCUUCUUGGGAGUUUCUACUCAGCCGGGUUGGUCAUAAUUUAAUGGUUUAUCUACUACAGCAUACAUCGAUAUUCUUACCGUUUCUAAGAAAGAAACACCAGCAAGUGUGGACCUCCUCUAUGUAUCGUGCUAAAGGGUAAGUGAUAGGUUCAAACGUUCUUAUGUGAGGCGCGGGAAGAAGCGUUUAAAUGAAUCAUUGAGUGACAUGGCAAAGCUGGAGGGAGAGUUCGAAUUGGAUGAUGUGGCCGAGUUCGAUAAGAAGGGAGAGACUCUGGGAGAAGCAGAAGGUUAGCAGUUAGACUCUAACUGCCAAGGAAGCUCGAGUUGUAUAUGAGAGAGAGUAUCAUUUGUAUUGGGGGGUCUAUGCUUUGUAUGUUCUUUGUAGACGCUAUGAGUCUAGUGGCGAUCGUUAUGAGAUCGUAGAUGAAGAUCACUAUCGUCAUGAGAUGAUGAUCUGAAUCUGAACUUGCAAAGUUAUUUCUAUUUUCAAUAAACGAGUACUUCCUUUACAAAUUUCUCAGUCUUCCAAUCUACAAAAGUCUAUCAUUGGUGCGGUGAAACGGUUCGAUCUCUCAAACGCGACUAUUUUUUCGUCUUCUCAGUCCAAAUCCGGUUAUUCUGAUGUAUCGAUGGAUCCGACGAAGAUUCAAGGUCAGGUGACGUUUCUGAUGGGAGCGUAUGAGAAGUUGUGUACUGAUGCGAAGGUAAAGGAUGAUCGAUUCGAUUCGUUGGAAGCGCGAGUCGAUUCAGUUGAUACGAAGCUGUCGUCGAUGGAUUCGAAGCUCGAUUCGGCACUUAAGGCAUUGGGAAAGCAGCCGGUGAUUGAUCGAUCUCCGUUCUGUUCUCCGCUACGAGAUCCGGUGUUAUCGUCUUCUCAAUCUCAGGUACGCCGUCCUUGAUACGAAAGGGUGCGAGAUCACUCUCUGUUUGGUUACCGUGAGGAGCAGUUGAAUCUAGAUAAUCGCGAGAACAUGUUGAAGAAACUUGAGAUGCCAUUCUGUGAUGGUUCUAGAAUCUCUGAGUGGAUGGUUGAUGUGGAGUAUUUUUAUGAGUUGGGGAGAUAUGAUGAAGAUUCGAGGUUGGAUCUUGUUCCAUUGUGUUUGAAGGGAGCGUUGAAGAAAUGGUAUGCUUGGGUGAUGCGUCGAGGUGGUUUCCAGAGCUGGCAAGACUUUAAGCAACGCCUUUGUGUGCGCUUUUCAGAGUCGAUUGAAGAUGAGCCUAGCACGAGGUUGUUCUCAAUUCGUCAAACUGGAUCUAUAGCUGAUUAUGUGUCAGAGUUUGAGGAUUUGUCAGCUCAAGUGUCAGGGUUGGAUGAUCAUCACUUGGAGAGGAUUUUAUACAUCGGCUUGACCAGAGAAAUGAAAGAAGUCAUCCGUAUGAAAGAACCUCAGGGUCUAUCCAAUUACAUUGCGGCGGUGUUAAAGAUGGAGUCCAGUACGUUUUGCAAGGUACUGGGAGAGGGUCCUCGUCAUGUAUCCAAGCAACAGAAUACUUCAGCCAAUAACAAUGUUCGAACGGUGGGGUAUCCUCAUAAUACUCAGAAGGCGUUCGUGCUUGAUACAAAGGCUCAAAAGGAGAAUGUUGCCCCGUCUAAGCCAUAUCAAAGACCACGACAACGUCACUCCGACGCUGAACUGGAUGCUAUGAGGCGACAAGGACUCUGUUUCAAGUGUGGAGAGAAGUGGUCUAAGGCUCAUGAAGCGGUUUGCCCUAAGAAAGAGUAUAGAGUUCUUACGGUGAUCAAUGGCUUUGAGGUUGAGUUGAUGGACUCCACGGAGGAAGAGAUAUGGGCUGAGACGAUGGAUACUCCAGAAGUAAGAACAUUAUCGUUUUGUGCUUUCUUGGGUAUUGAUUCACCUCAGACCAUGAAGCUAAUGGGUCGCAUUGCUGGAAGUGAUGUAGUGGUGAUGCUAGACAGUGGGGCUACACACAACUUCAUCUCUCCUUCGGUGGUACAGAGGUUGCGUUUGAAAAUGUGUGCUGUGAGUAAUUUGGAUGUGUUGUUGGGAAAUGGUGUAGUGGUGAAAGGAUUGGGUGUGUGCCAGGACGUGUCUUUUCAGUUAGGCACUACGGGUUUCACUUCUGAUUUCUUCACUUUGGAGCUGGGAUCUGUGGAUGUGAUUUUGGGGGUUCAGUGGUUGGAGACUUUGGGGAAGUGUGAAAUGGAUUGGAAGGCACAGGAACUUUCGUUUCUUUACCAAGGAGGGCGUGUGACGUUAUUAGGUGAUCGAAGUUUACAUGGAUCUCGCUUAUCUCUUAAAUCACUAUAUUCUGGAGUGGUGAAGCAGUUUGCAGAUCAGGGAGUGUCUUUGGCAAGUACAGUGAAGAGCUUGUCUGAACCAGCUUGUGAUCCAGCUAUUUCGAGGUUGCUGCAGCAUUGGGACUCUCUGUUUGCAUUACCCCAAGGGUUACCACCUUUCCGGGGUAGUGAACAUGCUAUCCAACUCCUCCCUGGCGUUUCUUCGGUGUCAGUCCGUCCCUACCGAUACCCUCAUGCCACUAAACUGGUUAUGGAGUAGAUGGUGAAUGACAUGUUACGAUCAGGGAUCAUACGAACUAGCACCAGUCCAUUUUCGAGUCCGGUUUGUUGGUCAAGAAGAAAGACAACAGUCACCGGUUUUGUGUUGAUUACAGGGCACUCAAUAGGGUCACUGUCUUGGACAAGUUCCCUAUUCCUGUAAUCGGUCAACUGUUGGACGAGUUACAUGGUGCAGUGGUGUUUUCUAAGCUUGAUCUUCGCUCUGGUUACCAUCAGAUUCGAAUGGUGGACGAGGAUAUUCCUAAAACAGCGUUUCGUACGGUGGAGGGUCAUUACGAGUUUCUAGUGAUGCCUUUUGGCCUCACCAACGCUUCUGCUACGUUUCAAGGACUCAUGAAUAAGGUUUUCAAAUCGUUUCUGCGUGAUUUCGUUUUGGUGUUCUUCGAUGAUGUUCUGGUUUACAGUAAAUCAGUAGAGCUUCAUGUUCAACACUUGGAAACGGUUCUGAAGGUGUUUCAGGAGAAUCAGUUGUUUGCCAAUAAGAAGAAGAGUGUGAUGGGGAUGACUCAAGUGGAGUACUUGGGUCACAUCAUUUCCAAAGACGGUGUUUCAACUGAUAGUACGAAGACAGAAGCUAUGCGACUAUGGCCUACUCCGAAGAAUGUUAAGCUUUUACAGGGUUUCUUGGGUCUGACGGGUUACAACCGUCGUUUUGUGUGGCAUUAUGGCAUCAUUGCUCAACCGUUAACCAGUCUGUUGAAGAAGGAUCAUUUCUUAAGGUCUACGGCAGCGCAAACUGCGUUUGAGGAGUUGAAAUCUGCUAUGUGUUCAGCUCAUGUUUUGGCUUUGCCUGAUUUUGAGAAGCCGUUUAUUGUUGAGACAGAUGCUUUUGGCGUGGGUUUGGGUGCGGUUCUUAUGCAGGAGAAGCGUCCUAUAGCGUUUUUUAGCCAUGCGCUAACUGAUAGAGAGAAGCUCAAGCCUGCUUAUGAACGAGAGUUGAUGGCAGUGGUGAUGGCUAUUCGAAAGUGGAGGCAUUACUUAUUGGGAAGGAAGUUUAUUGUGCAUACUGAUCAGCGGAGUCUCAAAUUUCUUUUGGAGCAAAAGGAGGUCAAUAUGGAGUAUCAGCGUUGGUUCGUUCACUUGUUGGUAUUCGACUUCGACAUCUUGUACAAACCAGGAUGCGAGAAUAAAGCAGCUGAUGGUUUGUCUCGAAGCAUGAGUGUGUUGGAAGUGUCAGCCCCUUCUCUUUUGAUGUCAUUGACAACUCCUACGUGAUACAACUCCAAGAUAUUUAUAAAGAAAUUGAAGCUGAUCAGGGGAUUCAGAAUACUAUUCAGAAGGUGCGGGCUCGUUCUUUACUCAAUGACAAUUAUCAAGUGUUGGAGGGUCGUUUAUGGUACAAAAGAAGAUUGGUGGUGCCUAAGACUUCUUUCUUUAUUCCACUGAUCUUACAUGAAGCACAUGAUAGUUUGGGAUGAGGACUUUCCGGUGUGUUGAAGACUUUAAAGCGUGUGCAGAGGUCUUUCUAUUGGGAAGGCAUAUCUCGUUCAGUGUAGCAGUAUGUUCAAGAAUGCAUCAUCUGUCAGACGCAUAAGUCCUCUACGCUAUCUCUGGCGGGGUUACUUCAGCCUCUGCCUUUACCAACAUGGGUGUGGGAAGAUGUAUCCAUGGACUUUAUUGAGGGCUUACCUACAUCUCAAGGAGUCAAUGUCGUGUUGGUGGUGAUUGAUAGACUCAGUAAAUACGCACACUUCCUGAGUCUGCGUCAUCCAUUCUCAAUAGUGGAUGUGGCGAAUUCUUUUGUGGAAGGUAUUGUGCGCUUACAUGGGUUUCCUAACAGUAUUGUCUCUGAUCGAGACCGUAUUUUCUUGAGCUCGUUUUGGAAGGAAGCGUUUCGUCUCGCCGGAACACAACUCAAGUACAGCACUGCCUUUCAUCCUCAAACUGAUGGGCAGUCUGAAGUGUUGAACCGCUGUCUUGAGACAUUUCUCCGGUGCUUUGGGUCUGCUCAUCCUCGUACAUGGCGCAAAUUUCUUCCUUGGGCUGAGUUUUGGUACAACACGUCGUUUGAUACGGCACUGAAGACAACACCCUUUCAUGUGGUUUACGGUCGAGAGCCUCCUAUCGUAGUGAAGUUUGAGGAGGGGUCUACGCAAAACUUUGAUUUGGAGACAUCUUUGCGUGAACAUGAUCGUGUGUUGGUGUUGAUCAAACAGAAUCUUGCUUGGGCGCAUGAUAUAAUGAAGAAAACAGCUGAUAAGCAUCGUCGAGAUGUGUCUUUUGAGGUGGGUGCGUUGGUUUACUUGAAGCUACGUCCUUACAAGCAGCAGUCAGUGUCACACCGCGUUUGCCAGAAGCUUGCGGCGAAAUAUUUUGGGCUGUAUCUUGUGAUUGCUAAAGUUGGCAAGGCGGCUUACAAGUUGGAUCUUCCACCAUCAUCUCGCAUCCAUCCAGUGUUUCACUGUUCACAGUUGAAAGCUGCGUUGGGGGUUGAUCGAGUGGUACAUCCAUUACCGGAGGGUUGUCUUGAUGAAGUGGACGUUGUGCCAGAGCCAUUGGAAGUCUUGGCUACGCAUUAUGAUGCGGAGGGUUAUUUGGAGCUCUUGGUUAGUUGGUUGGGGAAACCGUCACAUGAGAAUUCUUGGGUUGCAUUCAGAGCAUUUGUGGAGGAUUAUCCAUCUUUCAAGCUUGAGGACAAUCUUGGUUUCAAAGGAAGAAGUAUUGAUAGGUUCAAAUGUUCUUAUGUGAGGCGCAGGAAGAAACGUUUAAAUCAAUCACUGAGUGACGUGGCAAAGCUGGAGGGAGAGUUCGAAUUGGAUGAUGUGGCCGAGUUGGAUAAGAAGGGAGAGACUCUGGGAGAAGCAGAAGGUUAGCAGUUAGACUCUAACUGCCAAGGAAGCUCGAGUAGUAUAUGAGAGAGUAUAUCAUUUGUAUUAGGGGGUCUAUGCUUUGUAUGUUCUUUGUAGACACUAUGAGUCUAGUGGCGAUCAUUAUGAGUCGUAGAUGAAGAUCAUUAUCGUCAUGAGAUGAUGAUCUGAAUCUGAACUUGCAAAGUUAUUUCUAUUAUCAAUAAACGAGUACUUCCUUUACAAAUCUCUCAGUCUUCCAAUCUACAAAAGUCUAUCAGUAAGUCUCGAGCCGAGCUUCUUCAGACCCUGUCUGAUGCUAAUGCUGGACUUUCCAGAAAGAGAGGUACAAAAACUUUAGCUGUGACAUCUCAGAUGAUGUAAGAGAACAGAGGCUUAAGUCGGAGAUGGCAGAGAAAGCUAGUGGUGGUGGUGUAGGUGAAGCCAAACAAGAAGAAGAAGAA